CGAAAACACCAUCGAAGAAGACGCAACAGGAAGGAGCUUUUAGCGAUCUGGGUGCAAGUUCAGUGCAGGUGACAGUUUUCCGUCGUCGCUGUCAACAUGGCUUUCCUCUGCAGAAACGCUGCUUUACUCCUGAAACCCUCCAGAGCUGCACCUGCCGUCUUGUCCGCCGCCCGCCUCUACAGCUCAGGAGGUCAGUAUGAGUACAUUUUGGUGGAAAAGCGUGGUGAGAAGAGCAACGUCGGUUUCAUCCAGCUGAACCGGCCAAAGGCUCUCAACGCCCUCUGUGAUGGUCUGAUGAGGGAGGUGGGUCGGGCUCUGGAUGCCUUUGAGGAUGAUGGGGACGUCGGGGCCAUCGUCAUCACCGGCAGUGAGAGAGCAUUUGCAGCUGGUGCGGACAUCAAAGAGAUGCAGAACCGAACCUUCCAGGAGUGUUAUGGUGGAAACUUCCUGGCUCACUGGAACAGAGUGUCCACAGUGAGGAAGCCUGUGAUUGCAGCUGUUAAUGGAUUUGCUCUGGGUGGAGGCUGUGAGCUGGCGAUGAUGUGUGACAUCAUCUACGCUGGAGAAAAGGCGCAGUUCGGACAACCAGAGAUCCUGCUGGGGACCAUUCCUGGGGCUGGAGGCACCCAGAGGCUGACUCGUGCUGUGGGAAAGUCUCUGGCUAUGGAGAUGGUUCUUACAGGAGACAGAAUCACUGCACAAGACGCCAAACAGUCAGGUUUGGUGAGUAAAAUUUAUCCUGUGGACCAGUUGGUAUCUGAAGCUGUGAAAUGUGGAGAGAAAAUUGCUGCAAACUCUAAACUGGUCUCUGCUAUGGCUAAAGAGGCUGUGAACGCAGCCUUUGAGCUGACUUUGGCUGAGGGUAACCGUCUGGAAAAGCGUUUGUUCCACGCCACCUUCGCUACAGAUGAUCGUAAAGAAGGCAUGACAGCAUUUGUGGAGAAGAGAAAAGCCAGUUUCCAGGACAAGUAAAAAAAGAGCUGAUCAAGAGCUCUACAAGGACAAAACAAUGCCGAUAUCAGAGGGUUAUUUCCUUAUCUGCAAUAAGUCGAAUGAUGCAAAAAUCCUGAUUGUAGUUGAACAUUAAGCUGUUUGAAUUAGGAUUUGGCAUUGAGUGAGUGCACAAGAGUGUCUUAUCACAGUGAAGCCCAGCCUGCAGAGACUCUGUAUAGAAAUGACAUGCAGUGUAGGUGUCAGAGUUGAGGGGUUUGUUUGUGAAAACCUUUGUGAAAAACUGUAAAAUCAGAGGAAUCAGUAAUGACUCAUAUGAAAUUUGCCUUUUCAUUUUCACUUUCUAACGUGUGUCUGCACUUAUGCAGACUGGUUGUCUCUGUGUACAUUUUACAAAUAAAUAUCAAGAGUGGU